AUGAUUACUAUAAAACAACACAUAUGUCCCUUCCACACCCUCACCACCCUCUCCUCCAUCCCCAACCCACACCAACUCCGGCGCCUCCACCAACGGCCCAUCCCCCCCAUCCUCAUCCCGAUCCAACACCACCACCCCCUCCCCCACCAACCUCAACCUCCUCAUCGGCGCCACCCCCUUAUUAUACUCCCCCCCACUUCUCAACGAAUUUGUAUCCUCCUUCUACAACAGAUAAACUCUCCCAUCGACCGGGGCGCGGAACACCGACGAGGCGAUGACGCCGCCGAGGAGCUGGAGGCAGAUGAAGAGGGUGGUGAGGAGGGUGUAGGGGCCGACGAAGGAGGAGGUGGAGGUGGCGGCGCCGACGCAGCGGAGGCAGGUAGUGCUGGUGGUGGUGCGGGAGGAGGCUAA